UAUUUCGUGUGCCUAGUCAUUUCUUUAUCUUGAGUCCAACUUCAUUUCGCUCCAUAUUUGUUCACGUGCUGGAACAUCAAUUUUUCAUUUCAACCAUAUACUCCAUGAUGAAGCUCCCAAGACACAUUCCACCAGGCUUGUGUCGCUGGUAUUCCAAGCCAGCCUUCCUGUUUGUGCCCAAUAACGAGAAAUACGUUUUUGAAAAUGAAAAACUCACGCCAGAGCAAAAUGACGCCGCCAUACCCUCCAAGCCGAUUAUCGAAUCAGCCAUCAAAUACCAUCAUGAUAUGAAAAAUCCAGAGGAUGUGGCCGACGUUGUGACCAAGUUCGAGUUCAACGAUUAUUUGGUGUCUGCAUUGUCACGUAACGCCACGUUGUUUGGUGGUUCCAACCAUAAAUUUGUCAUAAAGGGAGAAAGUAGCCAAGGCAUCAGUUUGUACUAUAGCAAUAUGGCUAAGAACUGGGUAGAUAUCUUCAAUGGACAGAUCAUCCAGCUCUCUGAUAUCACUGCCAAGAACGAUGACUUGAACUUGUCUUCUAACAUGGACCAGAUCAGCCAGAAGUACCAUGAAUCCUUCAACAUAGAUGAUCUCGAGCAGUUUUACAAGUCUUUAGGCGCCACUGUGGCUUCUGGGGCUAUGGAAUACUUCGAAGUUCGUGGAAAUGGAGCCCCCAGUUUCGAGACUGCUUCUGUGUUCCUUAUCAAGCACGUCAAGCAAGAAGAAUUGUCUGUAUUGUUGAGCUACAUCGAAGCCAAGUUGGAGAACUGUUCCUUACAAGGAUGCUCUGAGAUCCUCAAGGCAUUCAUCGACAGAGCACGGUCCAGUAACAGCACCACUUCCCAAGGACCUUUAAUGAUGUCUCUUUAUACCAAUGCUGUGGGUCUCUUCCCACCCAUCUUGUCAUCGUUGAGCCCCGACCAAUUGGAUAACUUAGCAUACUUGUUAAGCAAACACGGAAACACAGAACAAUCAAAGGUCAUAUUAGGUACCUUGAUACAAGAACAAAAAUUGUGUCCUUCGCAAGACACCCUUGAUGCCUACGUGAGUCAGUUAGAGAACCGUAAGGAUACUCUUAGCUACGGUGAAUUUGUCACUGAGCUCAACAUACUCAAACCAGCAUUCUUUCAUGCCAGAUUGACUCCCACAAUUUUCAAGGUGCUCCUUGGAGUAGUUACUGACCGCACAGAAUUGGACCAGUUAUUGCGGUUGGUGAGAGUAAAGAGUGGUGAAUUGGUGAAGGAGUUCCACUACGAGAUACUUGCAAAGACUGUUGAAGUUCAAAAAGGAUUGACUGGGUUGGAGAAGGAUAUACAGUUGACGCAAAUGGUGAGAUUGUUGGUGGACGAGAAUGUCAAAUUUGGAGAGAAGGCAUUAGGCAUGCUCAGGAAGGCGUAUUUCAAGGAAAGUAAUGUCGAGUCGUUAAAGUCAUUAAAUUAGUGUAUAUAGUCAGCUAGCGGACAAGGAACAGUAUAGAGUUCGUAUUGGUUGAACCAGGCAG